CACCGUGGGCUCGCGGUUGUGACGAGUACACGUCUGCUAGCCGUCGCUCCGUGACAGACACCCGACGUGUAAUCGACAGCAUCGAUCGGACGAUACGCCCUCGACGCUCGGUCGUAACUUGACGGUGAGUUGUUUAGUCUAGUCGACACGAGACGGAAACCUACGAGCACGCUUACACAGGAAAGGGACGGGAAUUUUCUCUCGUCACAGGGGAGAGAGAACACACUCGACACGAUUUAACUACAGGUAAUACUUUGAUCAAGUGUGAAAUUAGUGUUUGUGUAAUCAAGUUCUAAAAAUAGAAGUGGGUCAUCCGACCGCGACACACGAUACAGCAACAAACAGAAUUUGUGUCAACAUUCUCCAAGGGCCGAUUACUCUUCAUCAACGCUUGGAGUGGUGCUAAACAUUCUUGUGCUGUUUCCUAACUAGCCCCAGUGCCCGGAUGUAGUCAAUGAGCCCCACAAUCCACCAUUUUUACUCAUCUACUGACGUCAUGUCUCGCGGCGGAGGAGGGGGAGGUGGCUCUGAUAAGCAGGUGAUGAGGCUGAAUGUGGGCGGGACCUUCUACACGACGACCAAGCCCACCCUCCAGGCGGUGCCCGGGACCUUCUUACACCAGAUCUCGACUGGUGCCCAGUACUGCCCCAGAGAUGACCGCGGCUAUUACGUCAUAGACCGGGACGGACACGCCUUCAGGUAUGUCCUGAACUUUUUGAGAACCUCCAAGUUGAUCGUGCCUAUGGGAUACAGGGAGCUCGACAUUCUCAGGGAAGAGGGGGAGUUCUACGGUUUGGAGAAACUGGUGGCCGCCAUUGACAGUAUUAUUGACCUGAAGAAGAGAAAGGCCAGGGCCAGACGAUGGAACGGCGCGGCCAAACGACUGAGUGCCAGUGUGGGGGAAAACCUCAAUAACCUGCCCGAGGACGACGGGGAUGAUCUCGACUUCUUCGAGGACAGCUGGAUUGGUGGCACGGCCAGCUGUCUGCCCCAUUAGACGGCCAGCUGUCUGCCCCAUUAGACGGCCAGCUGUCUGCCCCAUUAGACGGCCAGCUGUCUGCCCCAUUAGACGGCCAGCUGUCUGCCCCAUUAGACGGCCAGCUGUCUGCCCCAUUAGUGCUAGACGGCCAGCUGUCUGCCCCAUUAGACGGCCAGCUGUCUGCCCCAUUAGCGCUGGACGGCCAGCUGUCUGCCCCAUUAGACGGCCAGCUGUCUGCCCCAUUAGCGCUGGACGGCCAGCUGUCUGCCCCAUUAGUGCUAGACGGCCAGCUGUCUGCCCCAUUAGUGCUAGACGGCCAGCUGUCUGCCCCAUUAGACGGCCAGCUGUCUGCCCCAUUAGACGGUCAGCUGUCUGCCCCAUUAGCGCUGGACGGCCAGCUGUCUGCCCCAUUAGACGGCCAGCUGUCUGCCCCAUUAGACGGCCAGCUGUCUGCCCCAUUAGACGGCCAGCUGUCUGCCCCAUUGGAUGGCCAGCUGUCUGCCCCAUUAGUGCUGGACGGCCAGCUGUCUGCCCCAUUAGUGCUGGACGGCCAGCUGUCUGCCCCAUUAGUGCUGGACGGCCAGCUGUCUGCCCCAUUAGACGGCCAGCUGUCUGCCCCAUUAGACGGCCAGCUGUCUGCCCCAUUAGACGGCCAGCUGUCUGCCCCAUUAGACGGCCAGCUGUCUGCCCCAUUAGUGCUGACGGCCAGCUGUCUGCCCCAUUAGUGCUGGACACUCGUCACUCAUCACUUGAGUGAACACUCCGUGGAAAUACAUCACUCAGCUUUUGAGUCUAUCAUACGACCAGUAUCUGAACCACCACUAUGAUGUGUGAAUGUGGACCCCAUCAGUUAGAGACACCAAACUGUUGAUUUGUUUCUCUUAUAUUGUGAGGUACCUUCUGGAAAUAUUUUUAAACUGUCUCCACUAGAAUGAAAUUUUCAAAAGAGUUUAAUUUUUAGGACUCCAAAUUUAGAUUACAACAGAGGUUGCUCCAUGUAUACAAGUGUUCCAAAACAAAAGUUUCAACGUGCUCUAAAAAUAAACCUGAAAAACUUGGCCCACCUGUAUAUAAAAGGCUGUGACUCAACUUACUUCGAGGGAAGUAAUGCCGUAAACCCUGGAUACUUCGUAUUUCAAAAGAUGGCUAGAAAUUGAUCUGGCAAGCACCAGCAUCUCUACUUGGUAUUUCGACCAACUGGCUAAGUGUUAAAUGCUGGUGUUUGCCACACUUCCACAUUCACCACCAGGGUGUGGGUGUCAACAAAUCAGCAGACAGUCUUACAACCACCGACCAGCAGGUUCGAACCUUCCAGGCUACCCACUCCACCCCUGCAAUACUGUCCAACCUUUUGGUCAGCCAAUCAACUCCCAAUUAAUGUGUUCCAAAGACUUGAUUACUGGUCAUUUAAUUAUGAUAUUUGAAAUGUACUUUAUUUUUAAACAUUUACAUUUGAUUUUACAUCCAUGUUGAAUACACUUUUUUUUACUGCUGUGCUGUGAGGUCAGGGUAAGGGAUUUCCCUUUGACCUAUUAUUGUACUGUGGGAUUUCCCAAUAACCUGUUGUAUUACUGUGGGGAUUCCCAAUAAACUACUAUUGUAUUGUAGGAUUCCCCUAUCAUUGCAUUGAUUAUAUUUCAGUUGCAUUGAAUGAUUACACUUUAAGCCUGUAAACAACAAAAAAAUUAUUUCUGGAUAUGGGAUGGAAUCUCUGAGGGCUGGUUUAGCUUGGUGUAUUUGCUUCUGAUCUUUGAUAUUAUUGCUAUAACUAAUGUUAUUGCUAUAACUAAUGUUAUUGCUAUAACUAAUGUUAUUGCUAUAACUAAUGUUAUUGCUAUAACUAAUUUUAUUGCUAUAACUAAUGUUAUUGCUGUAGCUGUACAUUCCUAUUGUUGCUGUGUUGUUAUAAUUUAGAAAUAUUUGAAGAGUGUUUGAUGGGCCAGAUUGAAACGGUUCAAGUCUCCAUAUGACGACAUAUUCCUGUUUGGUCCUGACUUCAAUGUGUUGUUUAUAUGCUACUCAUGACCCGUAUGUUAAAGCUCAAUGAUCUGAUACCUUGGUGUGAGUCGCUGGAUACUUUAAUGAGAAUCUUUAAUCUCUUGCUCAGUCUAAUUCUAGCCAGGCAAACUUGGUAACAUUUAGAGAAUUCCUGCCCCAGACACUCCAAUCAAUACAUUUUUCUCAGGUAUUUUUCUUUAUGAUGCAUGACUACAUUUAUACACAGCCCAGAUGGGAAAUUGAAAUCUAAUUAUAAUUUGAUUAGAUUAUUUUAAUUAUAAAACAAUAGAGAAAGUUGUAUUUUAAGAAUUCCCUUGAUUGCCAGAUAAAUGAUCAAAUAUUUGGCCAGAUGAUGGUGUAUGUACUUGCUCACAAUGUAAUCAGCUCUUUCAAGUGUGUGUGUCAAUUGAUGAGAGUUUGGCCAACUUUCAAGUGUGUGUGUCAAUUGAUGAGAGUUUGGCCAACUGUCAAGUGUGUGUGUCAAUUGAUGAGAGUUUGGCCAACUGUCAAGUGUGUGUGUCAAUUGAUGAGAGUUUGGCCAACUAUCAAGCAAUUCUUUAAGUCUAUGCUGUAAUGGCAUAAGUGUUUUGUGCAAACAAUUUAUUAAAUGUUGUAUAAAAAAAUUAAACAUACACACAGAGAAAUAGAACAUUUUUAAAAAUGGUAGGUUCACAUUGACUGCUGCUUUUUGUAAACAUUGUAUGACCUAAGAACACAAUUUUCCCACUAUUCUCCAGUUUAUCUAAGUUGUAUAACAAGUUUGUGUGUGUUUUUGUAAUACUAAAUAAAUCUUUGUACAUCAGAAAGCUAAACUCGAUAGCUUUCUAAAAGCUUCUAGAUCUACAUUUUUUGAAACACAUUUGCAAAUUACAAGUUAAUUAAAAAGUUAGCACUAAUGAUAAACACAUACUUGAUCACCAAAAGAUCACUUACAAUCAUUUUAGUCAACUAAAAUAUGUAGGUCACCUAGUGAGACUAAAAUAUGUAGGUCAGCUAGUGAUACUAAAUAUGUAGGUCAGCUAAUGAAACUAAAAUAUGUAGGUCAGCUAGUGACACUAAAAUAUGUAGGUCAGCUAGUGAUACUAAAUAUGUAGGUCAGCUAAUGAAACUAAAAUAUGUAGGUCAGCUAGUGAGACUAAAAUAUGUAGGUCAGCUAGUGAGACUUAAAAAUGUAUGUCAGUGAAACUAAAAUAUGUAGGUCAGCUAUUGAAACUAAAAUAUGUAGGUCAGCUAGUGAGACUUAAAAAUGUAUGUCAGUGAAACUAAAAUAUGUAGGUCAGCUAUUGAAACUAAAACAUGUAGGUCAGCUAUUGAAACUAAAAUAUGUAGGUCAGCUAUUGAAACUAAAAUAUGUAGGUCAGCUAUUGAAACUAAAAUAUGUAGGUCAGCUAUUGAAACUAAAACAUGUAGGUCAGCUAUUGAAACUAAAACAUGUAGGUCAGCUAUUGAAACUAAAACAUGUAGGUCAGCUAUUGAAACUAAAAUAUGUAGGUCAGCUAGUGAGACUAAAAUAUGUAGGUCAGCUAGUGAGACUUAAAAAUGUAUGUCAGUGAAACUAAAAUAUGUAGGUCAGCUAUUGAAACUAAAACAUGUAGGUCAGCUAUUGAAACUAAAAUAUGUAGGUCAGCUAUUGAAACUAAAAUAUGUAGGUCAGCUAUUGAAACAAAAAUAUGUAGGUCAGCUAUUGAAACUAAAAUAUGUAGGUCAACUAGUGAAAUUAGUUACUUCCACUUUCUGUGUUGAGUACAUUCAAAGUGAAUGGUUCUCUCACUAGCUCAUGUGGAUCUUGUCCAUAGCUGGGAUCUGUAGCUGGGAUCUGUAGCUGGGAUCUGUAGCUGGGAUCUCUAGCUGGGACUUCUAGCUAUGAUUUCAAGCUGGAACCUUUAUUUGUAUUGUAAUUAGUCAUAUAAAUCACAUAAAGAAUGUGUGUUUAACUAAUAUACAAAUCUAUAAAUAACAUCUGUAUGAAACUUCUAUGUAUGCUGUUGACCAUUUAAAAAUAUUUCUCCAUUCAUAUAAAGUAUAUGUAUAAGUAUAAGUAUAUAAAGUAUAAACCUAGCAUUAAUGUAUAAGGGUACAACCAUAAAUGUAAAAUUAAUUUAUAAGGGUACCACCAUUAACCCAGUAACCAUAGCAACUGUAUAUUGUCCUGAUUUGUAUAAAACAUGUCUAUAUGUCCGUAUCAUGUCUUGGAGAGAUCACAUGUCACAUAACAUUAUACGUUGCAAGAUUUGUAAUUUAGUUUUACUCUAAGAGUUACUAUCACCUGUAAUUAAUUGAACAAUUACCUGAGGCUCUUUAAGCUUCUUGAACCUUCCAUAUUGUCUAGUUGAACAUUUGACUAGGCUAGUAUUGACACUGAUUUGAUACGUGUUAUUUUUAAUAUUACAUAAUAUAUUUUUUUAAUAUUAUAUUUAUAAAACAAAACUAGUGAGUGUUGUUUUGACAAACUGUUUUAUCAAA